AAUCGCGCUUGCAGAGAGAGAAAGGGGGAGAUGACAGUUGAGACGACUGAUGAGAGAGAGAGCGCGUUAUCCAUUCCGUCCCUUUAUAAAAGCAGUUGAAAACCCCCUGCUUUUGAAGUAUCAUAUUAACAAAUCAGAUUCCCAUUUCAUACAAACUCUAUUUCAUAAUUCAUACAAAGCAAUUGACUGGGCUGCAAAUCAAAUCCUCAAAAAUCAGCAUCGGUUGAUCGUAUACACAUGCAUAUGGCGGCACCGAGAAGCUACUUGGGCAGAUCAAACUACAGAUUCCUUUCGAUCGACCAUGGCCUCAGCAACGAUUCGAUUAUCUUCGAGCUCGACGAGUCUGAGGUCUGGAACUCGGGGGCGCUCUCGCCGUCGCCGGAGAUUCGGAAGUCGAGUUGUAGAAUACACAGGAAACGGUCGGCGGCUGCGAGGGCGGCGUCCCUGCCGGUAAACGUGCCGGAUUGGCCGAAGAUAUUGAAGGAGGAGUACAGGGAGAACAGGAGCAGGGAGGGCGAUGAUUACGAGGAGGAAGCAGAGGAAAAUGAGAAUCGGAUUCCACCGCACGAGUUUUUGGCGAGGACUAGGAUGGCGUCGUUGUCGGUGCAGGAUGGGAGAGGGAGGACCCUCAAGGGGAGAGAUCUGAGAAGGGUUAGAAAUGCAAUUUGGCAAAGAAUUGGGUUUCAGGAUUGAUUGAUUCAUUCUCACUUUUUUUUUUGUUUUAAUUUAAUGAAAAGUGAGAUUUUUCUUUUUCAUUUUCCCACUCUCUCUUUUUUUCCCCUCGAAGAUGUUGUAGCUUUAAUUUUUUUUUUCCUUUUCAAUUUGACUUUUCUCAUUUUGAGAAGUGCUUUAUUGACUAUGUCUGAUUGUGAAGAGAGGACGUUUGUAACUUUGGUAGGCAUUCAAUUCAAAUUUUGAUAGGACAAAAUUGAAAA